AUGCACAUCUUCACUAGACACUCCCAUCACAUCAUUCCCUCAUCUUAUCUACAUAUCUUACGCGGCCCUCUCAUUCUCAAGCGCUUCAUCGGAAUCCCCCCAGCAUUUCUCCUAGACGAUUACACACCUCGAUAUUACCUCCUUAGCUCAGUUGAUGCCUCGAAGAAACGAUCUCUGGCAUACGCCCACUUACACGAAUGCAAUCUAUGCCCACGAAAAUGCGGGGUAAACAGAUACGAGACGACGGGGAUGUGUCUGAUCGGAGCGGAGACAGCUAAAGUUAACGUGAUCGCGCCGCAUCGCGGGGAAGAGCCGUGUAUCCAGGGGUUUCAUGGUAGUGGAUCUGUCUUCUUCUCGGGGUGUAAUCUUCGCUGUGUCUUUUGUCAGAACCAUGAUAUCGCUCACCAGCGCAAGGGCUUUGACCUAACCCCCGAAGAACUCGCAGAAUGGUAUAUCAAGCUUCAAAAAGCUGGCAACGUCCAUAAUAUCAACCUCGUAACCCCCGAACACGUCGUGCCCCAAGUCGUCCUUUCUAUCCUAGCCGCACGGGACAUGGGCCUACGCAUUCCAAUAAUCUACAACACAUCAUCAUUCGACUCGCUAGACUCCCUUAAACUCCUCGACGGCCUCGUGGACAUAUACCUCCCCGAUUUCAAAGUCUGGCGAACCGAGACAUCAAAACGGCUCCUGAAAGCAGACAAUUACACCGCCACCGCGAUGGAAAGUAUCAAAGAGAUGCACCGGCAAGUCGGCGAUCUGUCAUUUACGUCAGAUGGUAUUGCCAAGAAAGGUGUUCUCCUGCGACACCUCGUUAUGCCGGGUAAAGAGGACGAGGGACGGGAGAUUAUGCGUUGGCUUGCGGAGAAUGUCUCGCGGGAUCUUUAUGUGCAUAUCAUGGAGCAGUAUCAUCCUGAUGCGCAUGUUGGGAAGAAGAGGAGAGUUACCAGGAGGGCUCGGAUGGGAGAUGGAGAUGCUGGAGAGGGUGUGGCGAAGGAGCAGGUUCGGUAUGCGGAGAUUAAUCGGGCUGUGCGUGAUGAUGAAAUUAGUUCUGUUAGGGAUGCGGCUGUCAAGGCUGGGCUAUGGAGGUUUUGCGAGGUUAAUGAGCAGAAUAGUGCGUUUCAUCUAUGA